GCUGCUAAAAUUCUUGCAAAUCUGAUUGUAAUGGGUUCUGGGAUUCUGAUAAGGUCCUUUGCGCAAGCUUAUCGUCAAGCACUUGCAAGUUCAUGGACUUCUGUUGCUGUCUUGGUUGGAAGAAGUUUCUGGUCCUUUUACUGGGCUUAUAAUUUUCAAAUGACAGCCAACCACCCUGUCCCACAUGAACGUGUGAACCUUUUGGGAAGAAUGAGAAAACUGAAUUUGACCUGUGUCCCUACAGAUACUGGAAGUUGAAUGUUGCAGACCUUUCCCUUUUGAGAUUCGUUUCCAUUCUAUAAGACAUGGUGAAGUUAUGGAACAGAAUUGAACUGCAGUAGAUAUUCUGAAAGCAGAGGUCAUGCAGAGGAAGGAAAAUGAGAGACGGGCCUGGGGGGAGAGGAUGCUUUGCUAGUUUCCGAGUAGAUGCUUCGAAGUCUGGUGUUGCUCAAGAGACGUUACAGAAUGCUGUUCGUAAAGGAAGCAAAGUUAUGACAGAGCAAGAGGCGAGACAAGUUCUUGGUGUAACUGAACAGUCCACUUGGGAGGAGAUUUUGCAGAAAUAUGAUAAUUUGUUUGAAAGAAAUGCCAAGAACGGAAGUUUUUAUCUCCAAUCCAAAGUUCACAAUGCCAAGGAAUGUCUAGAGGAAGUGCACCGAGUCAAAGAUCAGAGCUCUGCAGGUUAGACAAUGAGGAGCUUUCUUCUCCAUGCUAUGUUAUCUUGUAUUCAUGUGCAUAGCAAAAAUAAUAUUUGUCAACAGAUAAGUUUGUACUCGUAAUCAAAUGUGUGCUGCAUGGCCUUUUAUGGUUUUCGGGUUUCUAACUUUAAAUGUUGAAAUUGUGUAGAAUCUAUAGUUGAUUUACUGGAUUAUGGAUUUUAAUGAAAGUUAUUGUAACCGAAAUGGAUUUUCAGCUUUAUACGAACGCUUUUCAUUUGGUAA